AGUAUUCCGCCUAUGGACAGUUCUCAAGUGUGAAUAUAACAGACGAAGAAGAAUCUAUAUAAACGCUGUAGACAGCGCGUUGGGGAGAAUAUUGAUAUACUCCUGACUCUAUCAGACGUCACAGAUAAUAAAGAAAAGGCGUAAUGGAUCUAACGGAGCAGAUCACCCAGUUGGAGGCAGACCUGCUGGAGCUGGGGUCCCUUUUGGAAAAGUCGGAGAGGAAAAGAGUGCAGAACCUUUUAAAACAGGAGCAGAAGAAGGUGGAGAUGGAGCUUUCAGUAAAACGUCAACAGAAAGAGCAACAGAUCAGAAGAGAAGCAGACCCUUCUGCCUCUAAAGCAGCAUACACAGUCAAGAUCACAAACUAUGCUUGGGACCAGUCAGAGAAAUUUGUCAAAAUUUACCUAACGUUGAAAGAUGUGCAUAAAAUUCCAUCCGAGAAUGUGGAGGUCAGCUUUACGGAAAGGUCUUUUUCUGUGCUGGUGAAAGAUCUAGAUGGAAAAAAUCAUCAGAUGACAGUUCUUAAUCUGUUAUAUCCAAUUGAUGAAAAAGAUAGCUACAAAAAGAUAAAAACUGACAUGGUGCUGGUCAUGUGCAAGAAACAGUCAACAAAAAAGUGGGAUUGCCUGACAAAAGUGGAGAAGCAGUCCAAAGAAAAAGAUAAAUCCAACCUUGGUGAGAAUGCCGACCCCGGCGAAGGCCUCAUGAAUGUGUUGAAGAAGAUUUAUGAAGAGGGAGAUGAUGAGAUGAAGAGAACCAUCAACAAAGCCUGGACAGAGUCGCAAGAGAAGAAACUCAGAGGAGAGGAGAUGAUGGACCUCUGAAUUGCACACACUGCUUUUCCACAACAAGGCGACACAAGCUCUUCCAGGUGGCAACUUAAAAUGGCUUGAAUAAUAACCUAAGAGAGGAAACUAAAGCCCAGUGUAAAAUGAAAUCAGUGACUAGAAUUGAAAAUAAUAAUCCUUAAGAUGCCACCAAUGCAUAAAGUUUAAAUUACAUUGGUCCCAAAACAUGUCGGGAACAUUCCUACACUAACACAAGGAUGUAGUUAACCACAUAGCAACACAGGCCAUCACAUCCAGUCAUAAAGGAUUGAUUGGGGCACCAAUUUGUGGUUGUUGUUGUUUUUAAGUCAAAUGUUGAAGGAUGUUAAAGAUGUUCUGUAAAUUGUUCGUCUGCAGGAUUCAGUGCAGCUUAUUAUCAACUUGACCAAAGUCAUGUUCUUGUCAUACAUUUGUUCAUGUCGUAGUUGCAAAGAUGGAUUUACUCCUGCAUCAAUCCAGAGUGAUACCUGACAUUACUGCAUGGCUCUAUGUAUGAUAUGUAACCUACUUCACUCUACCUAUUAGACAGAAUUCAUGUAAGUCCUUACAUGACCUGAAUUUCAUUCUGAAAGUUCUGUUUAUUGGGAUUUUCCCGCCAAUUUGUGUCUAUAUAUGUUGUAAUUUUGAUAUAUUUUUUUUUACUUUGCCUUUUGUUAUGCGUUGCUGCCCUCAGGUCCUUAAUGCCUUCACAAGUAUAGCUCCUAAAAUUAUUAA